CAGUCGCAUCUUCUUCCCCCGUGUGAUCUUUUGUGGUGUCUCCUGAUCUUCCGUGGGCCAUGUGGUGUGGUGCGUAAGGAAGAACCGGAUUCAAGGUUUCUUUUGAAAGGAGUUUUUUUUCUCAUCUGCGCGUCGGAGUGGUUUAAUGUGGUAUGCAGAAGCAGAAUGGGAUGCUGUGGUCGGCUGAAACGACGUCUCGUUGCUGUCAUCUGCUCCUAUGCUAUUCUGGUCCUGUGGAUCGGUAUCAACGCUGCCAUUUUCUGUGCCACCUAUUAUACCUACAGGUAUGAGCCCAGACACUUUUACCUGCGACAAAUACUCGGGAUAGGCUUGUGUCUCUCAAGAGGGACUGCUGCGGUGCUCAACUUCAACUGCCUUGUAGUCGUGAUUCCAAUGUGCCGAACCCUACUAGCCAUCAUAAGUUCUCAUGUGCCUAAGGCCUGGCUGGGAUGUGUUCGAGUGUGCGUGUGCAGCUCGGCAAGGUUCCACAUCAUCUGUGCCGCAACUAUUGUCGUGACGUCACUUAUGCAUUCCGUGGCACAUAUGAUGAAUGCCUACAACUUCUCCUGGCACUACAAUUUGGAGUACAAAGAAGUCAACGUCGCACAAUACAGGGGAGAGGAUCCCUUUUUAAUAAUACUCAGAACUGUGCCCGGUUGGACAGGCCUCCUUAUGAUGUGUCUCCUCACGUUUCUUUCCGUUGCUUCAAUGAAGUACGUCAGGCGUGCCUGCUACGACUUGUUCUGGUACACGCACCACCUAUUCUUGUUGUUCCUCCUGCUCAUGAUCUGCCAUCCUCUCAGUGGUGUACUCAAGGAACAGAAAAACACAGAAAUGCACGUGCCGGGAUGCCAUUACUUGAAUGGCACAGUUGCUGGUUUUGAGGUGGUACCUUUUCCAGAGCCUUCUCCCGGUGGAAUAACAUUGUGCUUCGAACCUCCAGAGUUCAUCUCUCAAAAGAGCGAGACGUGGAAGUGGGUAGCAGCAGCACUUGCAAUAUACUCCGUGGAUGUGUUGUGCCGCCUUGUACGCCGGUGGCGUCCUACGCACCUUGUAACCGUAGAAGAUCUCCCUGGAGCUGUGCUGGAACUCCGGCUCGACAAGAAGAACUUCACCGCGCGGCCAGGUCAGUAUGUGCUGCUUCAAUGUCCGAAGAUAUCACUGCUGGAGUGGCAUCCCUUCACAAUUACCUCCUGUCCCACGGGACAAGACGGAAGCUUUACACUGCACAUCAACACGGAAGGCGACUGGUCUGGUACGCUCAGAGAGAAACUGACAGCACAAAGCGCGGCGAAAAGCAAACCUGGAAGAUAUCCGAGACUCUACGUGGACGGGCCAUUCUGCAGCCGCUCUGAAGGCGUGAAAGACCACAAGAUCACUGUUUGCAUCGCCGGAGGCAUCGGCGUUACUCCGUUCGCUGCUGUGUUAAACAAUUUGUUUGCUACCGGCUGCUUAGAGAAGUUGGAACGCUUGCACUUCGUCUGGAUAUGCAAAAGUAUCGAGGUGUUCGCAUCCUUUGCUGACUUACUGGUCGGCGUUCACUACAAGAUGUGGAUGAUGAACAGGCCUGAUUUUUUCGACAUGCAACUGUACGUAACCCAACAGAUUCCCUACAACAUAAUAAGGAGUUUGUUUAGAAGAAAAUAUGAAUUGCUGGCUCAUAGGAUGCAUGUUGGAAGGCCAAACUGGUCAACAUUAUUUGAAGAAUGGCAAACAAUAUACCAAAGAAAGAAAGUUGCAGUAUUCUGCUGUGGACCCACACCUCUGAACAGGGAGAUCCGAAGGUACUGCUACAACGCCGUGCUGGCAGGGCACAGGUUCUCCUUCCACAAGGAAAGUUUCAUGUAGAAGACGGACCAAUACUUAUAGACAUUUGAUAGUAAUGAAAAUCUCCAACCAAGGUACAGGAUGGGGGUACCAGAUGUUUCGGAGCCAGUUCGGCUCCUGCACGGCAUUUCAAAGAAUUUGAAAUGCGUGACAUCUACUCAGUGCCAGAAGCAUCCAUCGUGAUGUCCUACACAGUCUGCCGAAGUGGACCAGCUCGUGAUAGUCAGUGUCAUUGUGAUACUACAAAACUGUGAACAUUUUAUUUGUGAGCCAUAGGCAUUUCUGUACAACAUAUUUAAAACGACGACGACUCAGUUGACGUACCAGCACCAUGUAUGGCACUUACUCAAAGGUGCGAAAGUCAAGACCGUCCAAAGAGCAUGACCAGCUCUGUGUGUCUUGUGUGUGGAAACAUGUCGACUGGACAUGCAACUAGGGGUCUAAACGGGGGCCCAAUUUCACGGGACUUUGGACUUAUCUUGCACAGCCUGGAAAACAAUGGAUUGAAAAAUAAUAAUUAUGAUCGUGUGAUGGUCACAGAAUUUGGGGAGAAAGUGCCGAACAGAAUUGCAGAGAUUAUAUUGUUCUACAGUAGCCAGUUGUGCUAGGCGGUGAGUAUCUGUAAGAGCUUAAAGGCAAUAGGUGAUGAAGGAAAUCAUUGAAGCCUAUUCUGUACAUACUGGACAAGACAUGCACCAGCCAGGCUUCAAUUCCCCUUUCUGUUAAGGAAGUCAAACAGUGCAGCUGUGAGAUAAUUGAAGUCUGAAAUUUCAGGGUUUGACCCGAUUCUUCCCCGAAUAUAAGGUUGCCACUAUAGGGUGAAACCUGAUUUUUACCCGGGCAAAUUGCCCUCACUGAAACAUCUGUAGGUCUGCACAGUAGCUUUUUUGUCAACAAACGCAAUUACAUCACCGUUUGUAAUAUACCAGUAGUAGAAUUUGAGUAAUAGAGCCUAAAUUUGGCAUGCUGGAAGUUUUCCCAAAUAUUUCCCAAAUUUGCAUGAAUUUAGAGCACAUAUUUAUUUCCGUGAUUUUUACCCCCCCAAAUUUGUAAAAAAAUACAAAAAUUCAGCUGAAACGACAACAGUACCAGAGAUUCUGACCUAUAUGAAUUGAUAGUCUGAGGUGGCACUUAUACGUGGACUGAAGCGUAAAAAUUUCUACUCGCGAAAUGAAGGAUGAUGUUACCAUGACAUCAACACAGAAGGAACGGGAUUCAUGCAACAGUAAAGUACACCAUAACUCUGCUUGUGAUUACUCUCUCAGGAUCGACAAAACCGUGCAAUAGCAUUUUUAAACUCACUCUAUGAAGUUGUCCAGUGCCGCACCAUCAGGUUUGCAGGAUAUGUAAAUAAGUCGUUUUAUUUGGUGGUAUUCACGUAGUGCCCUGAUGGCUUUGACAGCUGUUGGAAGAAUAAAACAGAACGAAAUUAAAAAGAAUAGUGGUCUGCAUCUGCAAGAAGGAUGGGUUUGCAAGUGAUAGCUGCUACUGCGGCAG